AUGAGUCUACACGAGGUAGCUAGUGAUUUGACGAAAUCAACAGUUAUUGGCGAUUUACCAAAUGACAUACUGCAUAGAAUACUAGAGAAACUGCCCAUCAAAGAUACCGUAGUAACAAGCAUCUUAUCAAAGCAAUGGCUACAUGUAUGGUCCACACUGCCACAUUUUGUGUUUGAUCACCUGUUCUUUGAUCAUGUUGGGGCUUCUGCUGCAAGCAUAAUCCGUAAAAUUCUAAUGCAACAUACUGAAAGUAUUCAGGGGUUCCAUCUUAUAUCGAAGUCACACACACUUUUACAGUCAGAUGUGGAUCAAUUCAUCAUGUUUGUCUCGAAUCAUGGUGUAGAGAAGUUCACUCUAGAUAUGGACACUGAUUGGAAAUAUUUGUUGCCUCAUAGCAUAUUCACUUGUUCAACGUUGACAGAUUUGAAGCUAUCGAGGUGUAUGCUUAAGCUGCCUGUUCCUGAUGCCCAAUUCCCCAAUCUUGUUAGCCUUCAGUUGAAACUUUUUUCAAUUGAACGUCCUGUUGGAUCAAAUAACGCAACUCUUAUUCUGCCAAUGCUUGAGACAUUGGAGUUAAUGUGCUGUUUUAAUGUUCAUUCCGUUAAUUUGGUUUGUCCAAAACUUGUCAACUUGUCUAUCCUUACCAGCUAUACAAUUACGUUUCAGUGUUUUGAUGUGAAUUCAUUGUUCGGAAGAAUCAAGCACGAGUUAGCAUUGGUUCCUGCAACAGAUACGCUUGAUGUAUCACUAAACUUGCAAAGCCUGAAAAUUUCUGACUUGAAGAUUAAUGUGAAGUGUUUUUCCAGUCUAUUUUACCUACUAAGGAAUUGUGGUAUGCUUGUUGAACUCGACUUAGAUUUACUUGAGAAGGUUGAUGCGACACGAAAUCACUCAUCAGAACUGUUCUAUUACUUGAAGUCACAUGAACAAGUGAUCAGUGAAGCUCUUCAGACCAUUCGAAAAGUGACGUUAAGGAAAUUCCAAGGGACAGCUAUUGAAAUGUACUUGGUAGAAGUUAUCCUUGUUAAUUCUCCGAAUCUCAAGAGGAUGAGCCUCAAAAAACUGGAAGAAAACUAG